AUGGAAUCUGGUAAAAAGUAAUCAAUGGACUCAGCACCAGCAGGACCUCCAGCAGAUCAGACUAAUUUCGGAUUACUUAGAUUAUACUUCCAAAAUUCAUUCUUUAAAUACUUCGAAUCUAUAAAAGGAAAGAAGACUAUAUAUUUUGAUGAUGGACUCCUGAAAGUGCUAAGCUUUGUCUUUGGACAAAUGCCUUAAUCAGCAAAUAUCGAUGAGACUCUGCCACUAAACGCUAAAGACCAACUAUAACCAAUUAAUGAGAAAGUCAUAUUCGUAGUGAGACCUGAACUAGAUGUCAUUAGAAAAGUGAUAUUCCAGCAGAAGGGUUGGAUGACAGGGAAGGAAUUUUAUAUACUUUAUGUGCCUCGAAGAACAAUUGAAUGCGAUGAAGAACUUGAAAAAGAAAAGAUAUUCUCAGAGGAGAGAGUAAGCUAAAUAGCAAUGGAUUUGAUACCGCUAGAAGAGGACCUAUUGAGUUUAGAACUCGCAGAUAAUUUCUCUCAUUACAUGUUAGGUGAUGAUGAUAAUUACAAAGUAUAUGUCCAAACCUCAAUAAAUAGGUUGGAAACAGUAUUCGGACAGAUUAAGUUUAAAUUCGCAAAGGGAGAUGAUGCUUCACAGAUCUUGAGUAGAAUCAAUUAAAGUGCUAUUCCUAUUGACAGUUCGAAUCAGACCAAUGAAUCUGAGAUUGAUGCUAUGAUUAUGCUAGAUAGAAACAUCGACAUGGUGACUCCUUUCUGUGUCAAUCAAACAUAUGAGGGUCUUAUUGAUGAGAUAUUCAGGAUUCAGUCUUGCAGCAUUACAGUUGAUACUUCUAUAAUCAAACCAGAUGCUUAAAAGGAUCCAAAAGCCCCGCCUAUGGAGCCAGUUAAGAUUCUGACUUUGACUAAUGAUGAUAAAAUCUUUAAAGAUGUUAGGGACAAGCACUUCAAUACCUUAGAAAGUACAUUCAGUCAGAAGGUUCAGCAGAUUCAAAAUAUUGUUAAGGAAAAAGAUGCUCCUUAAUCAAUAGACGAACUUGAGGCAUAUAUCACUAAACUGCGAAAUAUGGACAUCGCCAAGGGAAAAGACAUCUUGACUCAUCACAUCAACUUGGCUUUCUACAUUAACACACAGAUGAAGAAUAUAGACUAUCAGCAUUGCUAUGGUCUGGAGUAAAAGAUUAUUCUAGGUGAAGAUUUGAAGCAAAUCCUGUAAACUCUAGAGAAUAAGAUGGUUAAGCAGUACAGCAAGGAUAAGAUUCUAAGGUUGAUGUGCCUUCUGAGUGUGACUCAGAGUGGCUUGAAGGCUGACAUCUUAGAAAGUCUUAGGAAGUUCUACCUGAUGAACUUUGGCUAUCUUGAGAUAAUUACUCUUAUGAAUCUGUAGGAUGCUAAACUGUUGAGAGUAAAAGAUAAGAAAUUAGACUGGGCUAAGCUUAAAAAGACAUUCAAGCUGAUUAAUGAGGAGACGAGAAUUUAAGACCCAGUUGAUAUCAGCUAUGUGUACAAUGGCUACUCACCACUAUCCAUUAAGUUAAUCGAAUUUAUCUUUAACUAAGGCGGUUUCGCUAAAACUGAUGACAAACUGAAACUACUACCUGGCCAGGUUAUAUAUCCACCUAAUGAGAAUGAAUUCUUUGGAGCUAAGAUUCAGACGAUAUCGAAUAGUGACUAGCAAAGAAAGAAAAGAGUGCUGAUAUACUUCAUUGGAGGCAUUACAUACGGAGAGAUUGCUGCUAUCAGGUUCCUGAACAAGCUGUUCAAAGAUAGAAAGUUCAUUAUUGCCACUACUUAGAUCAUUAAUGGAGAGACUUGUAUAGAGAUGAUGCGGGGAAAAAUCAGUAAUAAUCUUAAUCUGCAGUCUUUGCUUAAGAAAUGA